AGCAUUUGGAAGUAACAGGACCUCUUUUUAGCUCUCUGAAGAGUUUGAGGGGAGGAAGGAGCGGUGCAUUUUCCAAAGCUACGCAGGAGAUUCUUUGACGGAUUACAAUCUCAGCAAACUCCAACUCGAGAAGAAGAAUGACAGCUAAGAGACUUAAACCAGACUUUUCCCCAUCCUGGAAAGGAACUGGCUGCCAGUAUUUGGAGUUUUUUUAAUACUCUGCCUCCCUCUGCUGUUACCAGCGAGAAGUUCUUCGACAAUGGGAAAUCAUGUACUUGCGGCUUCGAUUUCCAUGCUCUCCAUCCUGGCGAUGAUGGGAGAUGCGGACAGUAAAACAGACAGUUCCUUCAUGAUUGACUCCGACCCCAGCCGCUGUAUGAGGCAUCACUACGUUGACUCCAUCAGCCACCCCCUCUACAAGUGUAGCUCAAAGAUGGUGCUGCUGGCUCGCUGUGAAGGACGCUGCAGCCAAACAUCACGCUCAGAGCCGAUGGUUUCUUUCAGCACCGUCCUGAAGCAACCUUUCCGCUCCACCUGCCACUGCUGCCGGCCCCAGACCUCCAAGCUGAAGGCCAUGCGGUUGCGAUGCUCGGGGGGCAUGCGGCUCACUGCCACUUACCGCUACAUCCUCUCCUGCCACUGCGAGGAGUGCAACUCCUAGGGACGUACCUGCCACAGCAGAGAGGGGACUGGGAUGCUGCUGUUGGGGAAGGCUCCCAAGAAGUAACCCAAGGUGAGGCCGACAUUCCCAGCAUACGAUUACAGCGAGGACAGGACUAACCAGGCUGGAUUGGAUCUGAGAGCUAAAGUGUAAAAUAUCCUGGGGCCCUGGAUGGUGCUGGUACCGAAGUGUGGGCCAUGACAAAGGCAAAAGCAUGAGGACUUGGUUUUAAGAAGCCUUUCUUUUUUUCUGAAAGGAUAUUUUUGUGAGUUUCUUCUUUUUCAGGCUCAGCUCUGCCUACAGAGAGGUGCUUUUACUUUAGGCCACAGGCAGCAGGGGAAAAGAGAGGAAGGUCAGCCUGACGACAGCACUGCGCUCUGGAAGGUGGCGUUCGGACAGAGGACAGGCAUCAGUUCCCACAUACAACCUCUUAACCUAUCAAUUUAUUCUCAGUCUCCUAGUUAUAUUGGCCUUCAAGACAAACUGUGUUGUUGGCAAGGGUUAUCUGUUACUGAUCUACCAGCCAAGUGCUGGGUAACGUUAACUGUGGUUUAGCAGAAAUUACAAAUAAAUAAUUGAAAAGUGAA